AUGGCCACCACCAUGCACUGCGGAUCCGACCCACUUAUCAAAAACUACUUUAUGAGUUUGUUGGUCGGCGGAGACGGUCGUGGUGGCAACGGCAACACCUACAACAGCAACGCACUCGAGAUUCUCCAAGUAUUCAAUGCCAUUGAGUUUGAGUUUGCCGAGCUCCAGAAACCACGUAUUUUCGAACUCAUCCCUGUCCUCGAAGCCUCUUGCUUGGUCAAUUACCGUGAUUGUCAAAUCGUCAAUCUUCCACUCGUCCGCAAGCAUCUAGAGUCUGAUCCACGUUUCACCAACGUUCAAGACAUUGACAGAGAAUUGGAAAUUUGUGCUCGUCUCAAUGCAACCAUCACUUUGGUAGAUUCUAAAACUCGUGCUCUCGAAGGUUGGAAAUUAUUUGUAAAUGAAGCUUUAUUACAAGUUGAUACUUUAAUAUCAAUGAAUGAAAUGAUACCAUUAACAUUAUUACAAAGAUUGGUAAUGGAAUUUUCAAAUGAAAAAUAUCCAAUUACAUGUGGAAUCUCUUUGGGUUAUACCAUUUUGACAUUGUUUUAUGUUCUCAAGAUGAAAAAGGAUACUUUCCAACUAUCAAACAAUUUCAAUGAUAUCUUGGAAUCAAAGGUUAAAGGAAUUUUCGAAGGUUUAAUUCAAACUAUCCUUAGAUCUUCUUAUCAACCAAUUAGAGGUAUUGCUUAUACUUGUAUCAUUAAAUAUUUGACUUUAACUCAUUCAUUUGAUCAAAACAAAACAAAUGAUUUAAAUGGUAAUAAUACAACCAUUCAUAAUAUAAAAUCAAUUGAAAAACAUAAUAUAUUAUUGUUGAACAAGGUUGAUGAUAGAUUUGUUAGAUUGUUAAUCUCUGAUUGCAGUUCAUUCUCUGGUGGUUGGAAGAUUGCUGCUACCAGUUGUAUGGAGCUUUUGGUAGCUUUGGAUGGUAUUAGAUCAAACAAGACACUCAGAGCAUUGGAUGAUCGCAAUGCCAUUGUUUCGAUUAUUGGUCAAUGCACAAACACCCUUCAGAGAUGGGAGCAAUUGGAUGCCCGCGACCUUCGUGUCUAUGACAGUCAAAUGUCUCUAUUGAUCCGAGUGGCCCAAAACAUUGACGGUAUCCGAUUAUUGAUGGCUUCCAACAUUGUUGCCUCGUUUUCAGCCUGUUCAUUCCUGUCACACGUCCCAUCGGAUCUUUCCAUGUCGCCAUACGCCUCACUCAUCAUCCCUUUGUUCCGUCUACUCGUCUCUCUGUUCAACUUCCCACAUGAACGUGUCGAUAUCUAUGCACAAGUCCAAUCACUCAUGGCCGAGCAUUCCGACCUCUUUAAGUUUAUUCUCCAAGAUGCCCAUCCUCCAUCCAACACCUCGUUGACCAUCCUCCAGCUCUCUGUCCACCUCUUGUCACAAAACAGCAAGUUGAUUGCCCAAAACUACCAGUCUGAAAAGACACAGGCCCACUUUACCCGUUUCCACUCAGCCAUCCUCUCUCUCUUUGGCAAGUACAGCAGACAUUUGAAAUCAAAGAUCAAAGAGGACAGAGACGAUAGUAACCUCGACGAAGAUGAAAUAGCCUCUUACCAAAGUGUCGAUUUCACAAACCAAAAGGAACAACCAACCAUCUUUGACGUUGAAAUGAACCAUCUCAUUACUCUUAUCUGUCGUGACAUUAUUUUAUAUUGUAGAAGAGUUUCAAUUAUUCAAAACUCAAAAUUCGGAUCAGCAUGUUUUGGUUCAACUAUUAAAUCUACAUUAUUAUCAGGAAAUGGAACAUUACAAAACUCUGUUUUACCAAGUUUAGAUGUACCAAUCAAAUAUAUGAAGGAGUGUUUGGUGUCGUAUUCCAAGUCAUUGGAAAUUGUAGAGUUUUUGAAACACUCGAUUGAAAAUGUAGACAAUCUGUCCAACUACCAAUUAAAGCAAAUCUUGCAUGACGACCAGUCCUACCAAGACCUUGAAGUGUCGCAGCGCAACCAAAUGGUCAUCAAGAAGCUCACAGAACGUUUGGCAUUUAGACACCACAAUAGUGAUUUGUUAAAAGAGGUUAUUGAGACUUUGUUAUUAGUCAUUGUUACCCAUGCCUACCACUUUACAGUCUCGGUACAAGGUCUAUUUAUUCAUGGUCUAAUGACUAAUGCAUCAUCAUUGUCCAAUAAUAAUAAUAAUACUACUUCACCAUUAUUAUCAUCAUCUACAUUCUCAUCAUCUUUUGUAAGCCAACAACAACCAAUCCUCAACUUAAAUGAAUUAUCAAACAACAACAACAACAACAACAAAAAACAACAAGAUAUAUUUUUAAAUAAUAAUAAUGAUCAACAACAAUCAUCAACUGGUAAAUUCAUGUCAUCAGUAUUUUCAUAUUUAAAGGGAGUUACAAAUAACAAUAAUAACAACAACAACAAUACUAAUAAUAAUAAUAAUAAUAACUCUCAAGUAGUUCCAUAUAAUAAUGCGGCCGCACUUAAUCAAUCAUCAUUUAAUAAUUCCAGUUUUAUCAAAUCAAUGAUUCAACAACAACAAGAAGGAGAGUUAUCACCAGUUGAAGCCAAAGACUUUUUAACCAAACUCUGGACUAGUUUUGACACUGAGGUUCCAGCUUUCCACAAGAGACUUUUCGACUGUCUUCACAAUAUGCCAAACAAAACUCUAAUGAUUGAAUUAUUAAUUAAAAAAUUACAAGAUAUUUUUAAUAAAUAA